UGAAGAGAACAGUUGCAACGAUGGAUUGUCUGUGGACAUGGUUUCCGAUACGCCGCCGGAGCUUUUCCAGCCCCGCCGAGCCAGAGACGCCCGACAGAAACAAGGCUAAAGAGGAGAAAAAUGGAAAGAAAAAGUGGAAGAACAUCUUCAGCAGGAACCGUAAGCCCAAAGAUGCAGGAAAGCUGCUGACAGAGGGUCUGGAGGGCCAAGGUCCCCAGCAGCCAGAAGGUGUUGAGGGUCUGGAGCUACACUUCAGCUUGGAGGACCCUUCAGCUGAUGAACUGGAGAUCCGUGGCUGCCUUCGCUUUUCCAGCCUCGCCGAGCCAGAGACGCCCGACAGAAACGAGGCUAAAGAGAAGAAAAAUGGAAAGAAAAAGUGGAAGAACAUCUUCAGCAGGAACCGUAAGCCCAAAGAUGCAGGAAAGCUGCUGAAAGAGGCUCUGGAGGGCCAAGGUCCCCAGCAGCCAGAAGGUGUUGAGGGUCUGGAGCUACACUUCAGCUUGGAGGACCCUUCAGCUGAUGAACUGGAGAUCCGUGGCUGCCUUCGCUUUUCCAGCCUCGCCGAGCCAGAGACGCCCGACAGAAACGAGGCUAAAGAGAAGAAAAAUGGAAAGAAAAAGUGGAAGAACAUCUUCAGCAGGAACCGUAAGCCCAAAGAUGCAGGAAAGCUGCUGAAAGAGGCUCUGGAGGGCCAAGGUCCCCAGCAGCCAGAAGGUGAUGAGGGUCUGGAGCUACACUUCAGCUUGGAGGACACUUCAGCUGAUGAACUGGAGAUCCGUGGCUGCCUUCGCUUUUCCAGCCUCGCCGAGCCAGAGAUGCAUGACAGAAACGAGGCUAAAGAGAAGAAAAAUGGAAAGAAAAAGUGGAAGAACAUCUUCAGCAGGAACCAUAAGCCCAAAGAUGCAGGAAAGCUGCUGAAAGAGGCUCUGGAGGGCCAAGGUCCCCAGCAGCCAGAAGGUGAUGAGGGUCUGGAGCUACACUCCAUGUUGGAGGACACUGCAGCUGGUUUACUGGGUAUCUGUGCUGACACCAAGGCUGGAGCUCUGAAAAAAACCAGCCUGGAUGAGACAAGGGGCGAUACUGAGAUCCCCCUGCCUGUGGAAGAGCUCGAAUCUGAGGCUGAAGCUCUGAAAAACAUCAGCCUGGAUGAGACCAGGGACAUCAGCCUGGAUGAGGCCAGGGGUGAUACUGAGAUCCCCCUGCCUGUGGAAGAGCUCGAAUCUGAGGCCGAAGCCCUGGAAAACAUCAGCCUGGAUGAGAUCGGGGAUGAUGCUGAGAUGCUCCUGCCUGUGGAGGAGCUCGAUGCUGAGGCCGAAGCCCUGGAAAACAUCAGCCUGGAUGAGGGUAGGGACGAUGCUGAGAUGCUCCUGCCUGUCAGAGAGCUCGAAGCUGAGGCCGAAGCCCUGAAUAACAUCAUCCUGGAUGAGACCAGGGCUGAUGCUGAGAUGCUCCUGCCUGUGGAGGAGCUCGAUGCUGAGGCUGAAGCCCUGAAUAACAUCAGCCUGGAUGAGGGUAGGGACGAUGCUGAGAUGCUCCUGCCUGUCAGAGAGCUCGAAGCUGAUGCCGAAGCCCUGGAAAACAUCAGCCUGGAUGAGGGUAGGGACGAUGCUGAGAUGCUCCUGCCUGUCAGAGAGCUCGAAGCUGAGGCUAAAGCCCUGAAACCAGGAAAGAAAACCAGGAGAGGAACCCGGGGACGCGGCCGGAAAAUAAACUACAAAAAGAACGAUAAUAAAGAAUCCAACAUAAUAAACGAGGUGAACGUUAAAGAUGAAGCAGAAGCUGAGGUCGCUAAGGUCGCUGAGAUCAAGAAGGUCCACCUUGAUGAGAAGGACUCAACUGCUGAUCUGCUGAAUCCUGACCAACCUCUGGGUGAGGAAAGAAAUGAGUGGAUGGGUCGAGGUGACACUGAGAACACAAUGAUACAGAAGAAGAAGAUCAGACGAGGCACUCGUGGCCGAGGCCGCAAAAUCGACUACAAGAAAGACGCCUCUGAAGCACAAGUGAGUGCUUCAGGUUCUAAUCAUUAGACCAGAGCCGGUGAAGCUUCACGUCAACCUCAUUGACGACUAUAUGUACAGUACUAAAACUAAUAAAGUACAACAGUAAACGUU